GACCACCAAUGCUUUUUUAAAAAACAUUUAUGGGGCCCCUGGUGCCAGUAGUUUUUUUUUUAACUUAUGGGGGGGCCCUGACCACUAAUGUUUUUUAAGAAACUUUUAUGUGGGAACCCUGACGCCAAUUUUUUUGUUUUUUAAAUUAUAAGGGGGCCCUGACCACCAAUGGCUUUUUUUUUGUGAGUGGGCGGUUUAUCAUUUUAAGCGGUUGUGUCUUUGUGGACAUUUUACUGUGGUGUGGGCGGGAUCUGCGGUGGGCCUUGGGGAUGGGCGGGGACCGGGGGGCCCGGAAAAUUUUGCUGUACGGGGCCCCAUGAUUUCUGAUGGCGGCCCUGCACACAAACACACCAAUAGAGUUGAAGGUUUUUAUUGUGCCUAAUAAAGCUGAGCCUGCUACACUUUUGUAACAGUAACGCUAUAUAGACGUGUACAUGUAUGUAUAUUCAGUCAGUGAGAGCAGGGGGAAGUCAAGUAAGGUAAAAAAAGACAAUGAGGAGCAUGGCUUGUGCUGGAGGCGUCCUCCUCCCGCCAUCCGUGUAGCCAGUGCUGCGUGUGCUGGAGCUGCUGAGUGACGUGCCUGCGCCUCUGUGCGGGAGUGUGAGCCCUGCACCUGGCUCCAGUCUCCCGGGGAUGUGCACAGAGCCAAUCCUGAGCCCUGGCGGCUGCCUGUGUGUGUGUCACGGCACAGCUCUUCUCCUCACUCUGUGAGCAGCAUCUUCCUGGGAUAAAGGAGCCGCAGCAGCAGGAGAGCCAACCAUAUCCUGAAGCUACAACAAGCUCCGCUGUGUGUGUGUGAUAGUUGCAGACUGCUGAUUAACAGCAGGAAAAUGUGUUUAAUAUAAAAUUGGCUUUAGGAUGGCUUUCCAUGAAGAAGGUGCUCUGGCUUAAGGCCAAGUGGAUCACACUUCUGCUUUCUACUAAUUCUACCAUGAUGUAUCCAAUGAUCUGGUUGUGCAGAAGAACACAAAGACUGAAGAAGUCCUGAAGAUUGAUGGAGGGCCAUGCUAUUCAAACAGCAGGCGUUGCUGAGACAGAAGCUCUUUGUUCUAGGCAGUCUUGCUGUUGGAAGUCUCCUGUAUCUAGUUGCCAGAGUUGGGAGCUUGGAUAGGCUGCCACCAAUCUGUCCAGUUGAAGGGAGAUUCGGAUCACAUAGCCAGGAUGCAAUCACUCUCAGAGCUAUGCAGUUUAAGAGAGGACUCCUCCAUGAAUUUCGGAAAGGCAAUGCCACUAAAGAGCAAAUCCGACUUCACAAUUUGGUUCAGCAGCUACCAAAGGCCAUUAUCAUUGGGGUGAGAAAAGGAGGAACCAGAGCACUACUGGAGAUGUUAAAUUUACAUCCAGCUGUGGUCAAGGCAUCCCAAGAAAUUCAUUUUUUUGAUAACGAUGAAAACUAUGCCAAAGGAAUUGAGUGGUACAGGAAAAAAAUGCCCUUUUCCCAUCCGCAGCAAAUCACAAUAGAGAAGAGCCCGGCAUACUUCAUAACAGACGAGGUCCCAGAAAGGAUUUACAAAAUGAACUCCUCCAUUAAGUUGCUCAUCAUUGUCAGAGAACCAACCACCAGAGCUAUUUCUGACUACACACAGGUGCUAGAGGGAAAAGAAAGGAAAAAUAAAACCUAUUAUAAAUUUGAGAAGAUGGCCAUGGAUUCUAACACCUGUGAGGUGAACACCAAGUACAAGGCCGUGAGGACCAGUAUCUACACCAAACACUUAGAAAGGUGGCUGAAAUAUUUUCCCAUUGAACAGUUCCACAUUGUGGAUGGGGAUCGACUUAUCACAGAGCCAUUGCCAGAGCUUCAGUUGGUGGAAAAAUUUCUCAAUCUUCCACCCAGGAUAAGUCAAUACAACUUGUACUUUAAUUCGACCAGAGGGUUUUACUGCUUGCGAUUUAACAUUGUCUUCAACAAGUGCCUGGCAGGCAGCAAGGGUCGUAUACAUCCAGAAGUCGAUCCCUCGGUCAUUACCAAAUUGCACAAAUUCUUUCAUCCAUUCAAUCAAAAGUUUUAUCAGAUUACUGGAAGGACAUUUAAUUGGCCAUAGUUGCAAUUGUCUACAACACCAGGGGGCACAUUUACUUAGCUCGAGUGAAGGAAUAGAAGAAAAAAAGGCUUUCUAGCAAUUUUCUGAU